UAGUUUCAUUUUAUAAACGAGCCUGAAAGUGUUAAUAUUACUGGAUUAAUGAAUUUAGGUCAAAUUUAAUAUAGAAAUUGUUACGGGCAGCCGUGUAAUAAACUAGCGACCCCACACAAAAUGGCCACCGCUCACUAUGUAGCCGCGCAAAGCCUUGAUGUGAUGCUGAGACGCUCCUCCCCGGUUGCUAGGAGACUAGAGACGCAUUUGGCUGCUGAUUUGGAAUUUUUGGGUCGAGUAUGGAUUCUGAAUAUAUAUCGAGGACAUUAGGGAAAUGCCUGGCAGAGGGACUGGCAGAAAUAAUAGAGAAAAGACCAGCGGACCCUAUUGAAUAUCUUGCACACUUUAUUUACAAGUACAGAAGCAAUCUAGAUGAACAUGAGAAGAGGAACCUGGAGAGGGAGCAGCUGGAAACAGAAAAAGAAGAGGCAAGACAAGAGCUUGAGACAAUUGAAAAGCUUAAGCAAGAAGAACUUUUGAUUCAGCAGAAAAUGGAAGAGCAACAAAAGAACAAAGUUUUAGAGGAAUAUCCCCCCCAAAACUAUAGCAGAACUUACUGAAAAGUUUGGUGCACCUCACUUACCUACUGUGGAAGAGACUGAUGAAAGUGUGGUUGGCAGUAAACCGAAGAGCCCAGAUAUUCCUCCUGAGACAGAGGACACAGUAGUGACCCAAGACAUUGAAAAAACGAAUGAAAAUCAGUUGAAUUUAGAUUCAGUAGAGAAUCAUGAAAAACCUGACAUUGUGGAAAGACAGCCUUUGGAAGAUCCUACAAGUGACGGUGUGCUAGUAGAUGACCAUGUCCCCUCUGUGGAUACAGCAAUCACAAAUACAGAGCAGAAUGACACUGGGUUGGAA